AUGGAAACGCAGGGGCUGCCUGCCGCCGCGGAGGCGGCCCAGCCCGAGCCCGCCACCCAACAACAACAUGGCGCCGGUGCGGAGGACGGGGCUGCCCCCUCAGGGCCUGUUCGCCGGCCUCCUCAGCCUCGUGACUCCGCGGCGGCGGCGGGGGCCUGGGGCCUGGACGUGACAUUCCCGGUGCUGCUGCUCCUCGAAGGGAAGCUGCCGGAGACGCCGCAGCCGCAUCAGCAGUUGCCGCCGCCGCCGCCUCUUCCUCCGCCGCCUCCGCCGGGACCUGCUAACUCGGGCGGCGCCUCAUCCCCGCCAGCCGGAGGCCCCGGGCAGCCGCCGGAAAGUGACGCUUUGCUGCUGGUGCUUAACUUGGUGCGGGGCGGAGCCUCCGGGAGCCCCUCGCGAGGCUCCUCUCAGGAUUCCCCGCCGGCGCAGCGGCCGCGGGAGGGCAAGCCCGGCGGCGAGGCGGGCGGAGAAAGCCAGGCUUCGGCGCCGCUCUCGGAGGGCGGCGGGCCGCAAGAGGAGAGUGGCGGCGGCGGAAGCCAGGGGAAUUCCUCCUUCUCGGGCACGCUGACCAUCAACAACCAGAGCCUGCUGGUCCGCUUCGAAAAUGGGACGCUCAGCUUCGGAGGGCCCGCGCCGGCAGCCCCGCCGCCCGCGCCGGCCCAGCCGAGCGACGACGCCCAGCCCCCGGCUGCACUUUCGCGGGCUCCGGCGUCGUAUCCUCCUCGGCCGGACUCCCACCGCGCCGACACCUUUUCCCGCAAGCAGCUCCUGCGGCUGCAUCAACUGUCGGCGCGCGGCGGGAGCCCAACCGGCGCCCCACAGGAGGGCGGAGAGGCAGUGGCAGCCGCCGGAGGUUUGGGUGGCUCGGCUGCCGCAGGCCGGGUGGCGCGUCCCUUUAGCUGCCCGAUCCCCGGCUGCUCCUGGGCUUUCGCCACGGCCUACAAACUGCGGCGCCACCUGCAUUCCCACGACAAGCUGCGGCCCUUCGCCUGCUCCGCGCCGGGUUGCACGAAGCGCUUCACCACCAUCUACAACCUCCGGGCUCACGGCAGGGCUCACGAGGAAGAGUCGAGGCUGAAGUGCGAGGCUUGCGGGCAACGCUUCCCCAGUGCCGCCCGGCUCGGGGCGCAUCAGCGGCGGAGCCACCUGGAGCCAGACCGGCCUUACCGCUGCGAAUAUCCAGGCUGUGAGAGGACCUUCAUAACA